AGACAGGAUUAUUAUCUCUCCCAGUGUGCUCUUGCUGCUAGCAAGUCAUCCAUGACAUACCAUCUUGGCGCGGUACUCGUAAAAGGAGGCAAAGUCAUAUCAACGGGCUAUAAUCAUCAUCGCACGCACUACGACGGAAACGACAUACUGAAGCACGGUCAUCGCAAACCCACUUCCAUGCACGCAGAAAUGCACGCCAUCUUUAGCUUGACUGGCAUGUCUCCUUCAUUUAAGCAGCAAGUUCAACUCUCGCUGCGACGUACCGCUGCAGCCAAAAGAAGGCCGCGGUCUGAAACACGUCUCACACAAGCUGGACGUGCCGCGCCCACACGGCAGCGCCCACCGAGAGGGCGGAAUGCACGCCGCAGGGACUCAAAGGUAAACGGUGCAGAUAUCUACGUUGCGCGCGUCAUCAAAAAUGGCCUGGGCGCUGCAAAGCCUUGUUGGCGAUGCAUACACUGGUGCUGGUGGUUUGGUGUGAAGAGGAUAUUCCAUUGGAAUCCUGUCAUCGGAGAUUUCGAGGUGUUAAAAGUAAAUGAAGGUUAUAAAGAUCACUACGAGACGCAAACCGAUGUACGACUUUUCGCGCGUUUAGUGAGUCACGUCUUAGUGUUUAGUCCUGGCUUUAAUCUGUUUGACAGAAACUACUGA